AUGGGUGGGGAGUGUUUGCAACAAGGACUGCGCCUUGCCAUCCUCAGUGACACAGUGUCCAAGUGCCCCAACUUAGCAGACACCUGCCAACCACCUGAUUUCUGUGGCCUAAUAGGGAUGUUGGGGCCACCACCUUUUAGUCUGACCCCUGCAGCCCAAGUCUCCCAGAGCCCGCGGGAACUGGGCAGCGGAGAGAAGGCUGAGGGACUCCGCGGGCAGGGAAGAGAAGGGAGAAGAGCUUUUUGCUCCUUUAGGAUCUGGCUGUUGUUUCAAGCGCAGGGCCAGGUCGCUGUGGACUUAGCAAGGGCUGGAUGGACUCGUGGAGCCUCAGGACAAAGUCACCAAGUCAGGGACCCUCCAUCUCUGACCCGAGCUGCCGGCCCUCUCUCCCAGCUGGCCCACGUCAUCCGCCUGCUCCUGGAAUACACAGACUCAAGCUAUGAGGAAAAGAAGUACUUUAGGGAGGAUGCUCCUGACUAUGACAGAAGUCAGUGGCUGAAUGAAAAAUUCAAGCUGGGCCUGGACUUUCCCAAUCUGCCCUACUUGAUUGAUGGGACUCACAAGAUCACCCAGAGCAACGCCAUCAUGUGCUACAUUGCCCGCAAGCACAACCUGUGUGGGGAGACAGAAGAGGAGAAGAUUCGUGUGCACAUUAUGAAGAACCAGACCAUGGACAACCAUAUGCAGCUGGUCAUGAUCUGCCACAACCCAGAAUUUGAGAAACUGAAGCCAAAGUACUUGGAGGAACUCCCUGAAAAGCUAAAGCUCUAUUCACAGUUUCUGGGGAAGUGGCCAUGGUUUGCAGGAGACACGAUCACUUUUGUAGAUUUUCUCGUCUAUGAUGUCCUUGACCUGCACCAUACAUUUGAGCCCAAGUGCUUGGAUGCCUUCCCAAAUUUGAAGGACUUCAUCUCCCGCUUUGAGGGCUUGGAGAAGAUCUCUGCCUACAUGAAGUCCAGCCGCUUCCUCCCAAGACCUGUGUUCACAAAGAUGGCUGUCUGGGGCAACAAGUAAUGCCUGGAAGGCCAGGAGGUGGGAGUGAGGAGCUCAUACUCAGCCCUCUGCCCAGGCUGUGGAGCGCAGCUGGACUCUGCAUCCCAGCACCUGGCUCCUCAUUCCUUUCUCCUGUUUAUUCCCAUCUUUACCCCCAAGACAUUAUUGCCCCGUCUUCACUUCCCUUAAACCCCUGUAACAUGCAGGCCCUUUAAAGUCUCAAUUACCUACUUUUCUUCAUGAACAUGCGCCUCCCAACAUUACCCUUCGCUGCACUAAAGCCAGCCUGACCUUCCUUCCUGUUAGUGGUUGUGUCUGCUUUGAGGGGCCUGCCUAGCCCCUCGCCUGUGGAGCUCAGCCCCAAGCUGUACCUGUGCUGCAUGAAAGAGCAGCAUUGACUGGUUUACAGGCCCUGCUCCUGUAACAUGACCCCUGCCUUAGGCCUUCCUGAUCGAAGUAAAUCCUCAGCCACGUU